AAGAAAAAAAUGAAAUAAUGUUGACCAGUAGACAAAUUUGGAACGGCUGCGUCUUCUCAUCAAACCUUUGAUUAAUCGAUCAAUCAAUAGCCGUAGUGAGUCCAGCCAUGGCGAUAUUCUCUUCAACAACAGCACCACCGUACUCUCCUCCUCUUCUCCGAUUACCGGAUUACACUAAUAAAAAAACUCUCUCUUUCUCUUCUCCUCCAAAUUCUCUCUCUUUCCGAUUCUCCACAUCGAAUCUCAGCCGUCGAAACCCUUCUCUUUCUCUUCGAUCAGCUUCAUCCCUAGCUUCGCCGCCGUUGGAGGGGGUGGCGCCGGCUAUAUCGGUGACGGAGAAUGCGUUGAAGCAUUUGAAUAGGAUAAAAAAUGAGAGAAAUGAAGAUCUGUGCUUAAGAAUUGGGGUUAAACAAGGUGGAUGCUCUGGUAUGUCUUACACUAUGGAUUUUGAGAAUCGAGUCAAUGCUAGACCCGAUGAUUCCAUCAUUGAAUGUAACGGAUUUGUAAUUGUUUGUGAUCCGAAGAGCCUCCUCUUCAUAUUUGGGAUGCAAUUGGAUUACAGUGAUGCUCUUAUCGGUGGAGGUUUCUCUUUCAAGAACCCAAAUGCUACAAAGACAUGUGGCUGUGGUAAAUCCUUUGCAGCAUAGAGGUGAAGUGAUGUGUAGUAAUAUUUAACACAGUACAUAUACGACUUUGAAAUUGUGUAUCUGUUGAAGAUUAUGUCAGUUAUAAAGGUUUGGGUAAACUACAAAAAUUAUCCCCACUUACUCUGUUGUUCAUGUGGCAAUCGAUUUUGCCCUUAACUAUAUAUUUCAUAUUUUCAA